AUGAUUUUUAGACUCCUCAAAACGUUGUCUAAUCUUAUGUUGACGUAUUGCACAUGUGCAUCCCCAGCCACGAACGAUUGCCAGUAUCACUUCAGUUACCUAAAUGGUGCUACCGGGAAUUUCAGCAGCCCGGGAUUUCCCGACAGCUACCCAUCACUGGUCAGGUGUUGUUACUACUUUGAUGCGGCCAAGUACGGAGGUGUGGAGAUUAAGUUCGAUACUUUCGAACUGGAAGACAAGAAAGAAGGAGAUGAAGCUUGCAGGUAUGACUUCAUCGAUGUGUAUACAGUGGAUUCCCAAAACUUUAAGACCUUUCUGAACAGAUUCUGUGGACGAAAGAUCCCACACACAAUCAUAUCUCCCUUGUCGAAGCUGGAGAUACAGUUCGUCUCUGACCACUGGCAAAACUCGGCCGCCGGCUUCAGCGGAAGAUAUCGUUUUCUGGGAACAGCUGUUGUUUUCAAGGAUAGCAGUAGUAGCUGUUGUUUUUCUGGCAGACAGGGGUUCCCAAGGAGCUAUAUGCCUCAGUCAAACAAAUGGGAUAACAUACUGCACAGCAACUAUCAAGAUACGCAACUAACCUUAAUGGGAAACAGAGUUGAAACAUUAAACUUGAGAGAAGAACCUUUUCACAUCAUGAUAACCAAAUGUACAAAUGCGUCCCUGCGUCUCUACAAUGGCUAUGCAACAUCCAUGAGCGUGCACACCCACGAGUGGUGUGGCAAAAAGGCAGCCUACAGCCAUGAUGAGCUUCAGUACCCCACCUUUAGCAGCAGGACCGUGAUUCGCUUUAUCUCUGGGCCUAGACAACUCAGUCAACACCGGGGAUUCAAGCUGCUGUGGAUGGCCUUCUAUAUACCAAACCCCCCAGACGUUUGCACUGGUUUCCAGUGUGAAGGUGGCCAGUACUGUGACAAUGGGGUAUUGUGUACUUCCUUACCAAAAUAUUGCAUUUCCAAGCAUCUGGUGUGUGAUGGCGUCCGUAACUGUGGCCCUUUUGAUGACAGCGAUGAGAGGAAAUGUACAAGAGAAAUUCUCAUCAUGGCUGCAUGUAUAGCUGUACCCAGUCUGGUUCUGGUCAUGACAGUUGUUCUAAUUGUGUACUGCUACAAAACUAGACAUGUAAAAAAAUCUGCUUCACAAGAUCAGCCAUUGGCCAACAGUCAUAGUCAGGGAACCACGUCACGAGAGUCCUUCAUCUUAAGUCAUCGGCAAAUGAUGCUUCAUACCAGUUUCAUAGACGGGACUGGGGCCUUGACAUCAGACUUGGACCAGCAGUUCAAUCAUGAUCCAAAUGACAUAGACCAGGAAACCACCCAUGGGCUAUUCUCUGAUGGAGCCACCGGUAGUUUGAGAAGCCACAAAAAACGACCAUCUUAUCACAUGAUGCAACAGAAAUACGAGGAUGGCAACUUAAUCAGUGCAUAA